GCGUGGUGGCAGUCGUCAGACAAUUCUACCAUUUACACGCUCAUUGCCAAUCACGUCACCACGUUUGGCACGGCCCAUAAACGCGAGUAUAGAACAAGAAACGUUAUUUGAUAAAAGAUUAAAUAUUAACCUACAAUGGGUUAAGGAAAAGUCAGUCCCGUCUGUCGAAAAUCCAAUGUUCAAAAAAUACACAGUUCGAUGGUUGGAAUUAUUUCAUCAAUUAACGUUUGCGAUACCGUUUAAUCAACCGUGGCCGCCUGAAGUAGUUAGAGUUGUCGAAAAGUUGAUCUCGCAAUUUAAGACUAUGAGGCCCAACAAUUCUAACAUUGAGGACCCUUACAAGAUUUUAUGUGCUUUAAUAAAAAAUUUCCCAAAAGUCAAGAAUAGUAUGGGAGAAAUAAGGGCUAAAGGAGAUAAUCUGUCGAUACCUUCGAUGGUCAAC